UCCUAAACACGUUACUAAACAUCACUGGAAAAUAAUUAUUUAAGCGAAAAAUGGAGGAAAUAUUGCAGUCAUUGCAAAUGAGAAAUUUAGUAAGUCGUUUCCACGAACAAAGAAUGGAACCACCAGCUGUUCUGGCUGCGUCCGAUUCAGAAUUGUCUCGUCUCGGAGUUACCACAAUUGGAGAGCGAAUUCGCAUUCGUGAUGCGUGUAAAAAGAAAUUAGAUGAAACCGAAUCUUCCACAGUUAAUGGUUAAUGGUUAAUGGUCAAGAAUGGUCAAAUGCGUUAAUGGUUAAUGGUCAAGCCGAACAAACGACAUCCUUCAAGAGCGACUAUCACUCUUUAACCCACGAAGGUCUAAUAGUCGCAAUAGCACACGUGCUGCAUCUAGAAACGCGACUGGGAAUAUUCGUAAGCGUUCAUUAUCGAAGAGCCAUCCAUGGACACCGACUUUUGUUUGCUUGGCUGAGCAUCUCGCUCGCAAAGCACCAUCGUCGCUGGACAAGGAGAUCCUUUUUAAGGCUGGGUUAGGUGUAAAAAAGAUAAAACUCGAUUUGGAAGAUGAUGAAGAAAAUGUUGUCAGUAAAAUAACAUCAAAUUCCCUGGACGACAAUGGAAGUCAUUUAGGUUUUCCUCAACUUAAGACAUGUGGUGGCUUUGAAAUGAUGCGCUGUGCCCCUAACUGUCGUGAUUUGACCGUGCUUGAUUGCGCAUGGAGUGCAAAGGACCUUCGUGCAAAUUUGGGGGGCGGUCAAGGUAAGAUAUAUUUACGACCAAUUCAAAUGUCUUUGUCCAAAGAGCCAUUGGUCCAGCAAAGCCAGUCUGAAGUGAAGGAGCAAUGCAAAAUGUGCAACCAGGAGAUUCUUGUUCGUCGGCUUCGGAACCAUUUAUGGUCAUGUAUGGAAGGACUGGACACUAGUGAUGAAGAUGGCCAAGACGCUGAACCUGGUCAGUUUGCUCAUGAGGAAAGUCGAGAAUUUGUUAUAUCUGGUCAAGCACCAUCCUCUAGCAACUCCUUAAUGUCACUUCCUGCAUCAUCUGAAGCAUCUUUGUCAUAUACCAAAACAGAGACAAUAGCAAGUGUACCAACCACCUUACAAAUGUCUAGUGAGGUCAUAGACCCCACAGUAAAAGAAUCGGAGAUCUCUCACAUGGAUAAGAUUGUCGACGACAUUGUCAAUGAUACAGUAGCCUAUUGUGAACAAUAUAAUGUAUUGAGUGCUGUUGAAAUAUUGCGCUGUUUUCAAAAGAAGAUGGUAACUGGCAGAGAUUUAGAAGUUCAAGCUUUAGAUGAAGUGAAUGAAGGAGAUACCAACUUUAUAAUGAUUGACCGUGGCAAUGUUUUGAAGACAGCCUUGGAUGAAAUAUUGUGCUUAACAGAUUAUCGAAAAACAUUGCAAGUUGAAUUUUAUGGGGAAGUUGCUGUAGACCAGGGUGGACCAAGGAAAGAAUUUUUUCGACUGGUGUUAAAAGAAAUUGAGAAAUUCUUUGAUAAUGGACUACGCAAUUUGCUGAGUGAGCAAUAUGUUGGAGUUGGCAUAUUACUAGGAUUGAGUAUUAUUCAGAAUGGUAAAAUACCAACUUUCAUUGGGGAUUUAUGUGGCACAAUAUUCUCUUCUGAGCAAACAUCAGAACCAUGCAUCACAGAGCUACGAGGAGGGUUGAAGAAAGUUGGCAUCUUUCAAAACAAAAAAAGACAGUCAUUGAAGAGUAUCGAGAUGCUACAAUUGUCAGUGACAGUCCAGUUUAUCGAGUUUAUGUCAACCGCGUGGCAAGUGACUUUGCCAAUGACAUUUUGGGAAUUUACAAAAAUCACAGUAGUAAGUUGUGUGCUCGGUUCAGUGUAAAGUUUGAAAACGAAACUUCAGUUGGCAGUGGUCCUAUGGGAGAAUUUUUCAGCCUAGUAAUGAAAAUGAUUGUUGAUGGUUUUCCAUUGGAUGGUGAAGAAAGGCCCAAAACUCUUGUUUUUGAAGGAGAAAAUGACCAUAAAGUUCCUGUAGCCAACUCACUAUUGAGAAGUACAGGCUUCUAUAAGUGCAUUGGAAGAAUGAUUGCACAUUCUUUCCUACAUGCUGGAUCACCACUAUUUUGAAUUUCUAAAGUAGCUGUUGAUUAUUUGGUAUGUGACAACAAUGAGAUUCCUUUUAUAGAAGUUGUGGAUAUACCUGACAUUGACCUGAGGAUUGCAUUGAAUGAGGUUUGAAAAGUUUUAUUUCACCUGAGCAUUGCUUUUCAGUAAUUUGUUUGAGCUAAUGUGUUUUAUGACAUAGUUGAACUGCCUUGGCAAAGAUGAAGCUACUGGAACUGCAUUGAAAGAUGUUUUAACUCAGUACAGAGAUGAAGCUUCAAUUUUAGAUACAUCAUUCUCUGGUGCAAAUCGUCAUGUUAUUGCCCAGCAAAUCAUGUUACAUGCUGUCAUUACCCGUAGAAAAUCAGAGUUGCAAGAUCUAGCUGAUGGAAUGAAUGAGUUUGGACUGGUUGAUUUCCUGAAGAAACACAAAGAUGUUGUUCAACCACAACUUUUUCCACAAUCAACUGCUUCUCUUAUUAAUAAAGAUGACUUAAAAAGAAUUAUUGAAAUUGAAGAAGAAGGCGUUCAUUGUAAUCAACUGAUGUUGUUUUUGAAACAAUACAUUGAUCUAAUUGAUGGGACAACUAGUGGUAAAUGUUUUGGUAGAAAGAUGCAGAGAAGGUUGUAAUUGGUUGUAGUCAGUCUAUGCAUGUGUUUUUUGUGUGAAUAUGGUUUGCUUUUUAAUAUUUGCACCACAACUGAUUAUAUAUUAUAUGUUGGAGCAGCAGUAACUUUUUCUGUUUGAGCAAUAUCAAUGUCAGUAAUAUUUUCUUGCUUUUAAAUUGGACCUUUGCUUUCUCCAAAAAAAACUUAAAUGUUUGACUGUUUGAGGUACUAGUUAUAUUAAUACUUUAAUACUUGUCCAUUCCUAGGGGCAAAUCUUAAAGAUCUGUUGUCUUUUUGGACUGGGUGUGAUUUACUUCCUGCAAAUGGUGCAAUCCUGCAUCUCAAAGUUGACAGAACAAAAGAUCGCAAUCUGCUGCCAGAAAGUAGAACUUGUUUUCAUUUGUUAGUUCUUCCAUGUUAUGAAAACUUCGAUGAACUGAAAGCUAAACUAGAUAGAGCUUUGCAAUUUGGUUCAAGAGGAUUUACCAAUAUUUGAUCUUGGAACAGUUUAUACAUCUCUUUCAGCAAUAACAUAGAUUGUUACAGCUAAUAUGGAUGAUGCACAAAAUUGAAAUAUUUUUAUUCUUUGUUUUGGAUAUCAUUUUUAUAGUUAAAGAUUUAAAGUGAAUAUGUUAAUGUUUCCUUAAA